GAAGAUUUUGAAUAUCAUGAUAAUGAAACAGAUUUUAAAUAUCAUGACAAUGAUAAGGAUGAAGACCUUGACCCAAACAGAGUCCUUUCAGAGGAAAAUGAAGAGAAAGAGGAAGAUGCGUUGAUAACUUUACCUUCGGUUUUUAAUGAAAGAACAUUAGAACACCCAGGAUCACCUGUUUGUAAAAAAUGUGGUGAAAAGUUUAGUACAGAUACAGGAAUAUCAACUCUUAAACAUCAUUUGGAAAACAAACAUAAUAUUAAAAUUCCACAAGUUAUAACCAAUCAAACUAAACUUUCUUUUUCUCGUAUUGAUCUAUAG